CUAAUAAAUUUGUUUCAUGUGUUUUAAAUAUUGCAAAAUAUUUGUUUAUUAAAGUAGAAGUGGCUUUACGUAUGGGCAAUAUUAUUGCGUGUAUUGAGAUAAUAAUUUCAGUUUCCAAUUUGAAAAUAGAUUGAAGAAAAACUUUUCCAACACCGUGCAGUAAUAAUUUCGUCUAUGAUCGCAAAUAGAGUUGAAUUAUGUAAAAACAGAUGCUACCUCAUGAAUUUAUUUUUAGAAUAAAACCGUACAUAAUUACCACACACACACUAAUUUUUUCUGCUUAUUAAUCUCGAUUCUCUUGAGGAUGAAGCUGUGGUUCUUUAAACUGUCCAUGUUUUUGGUAAUCACGUUCGGAGGAUCGGAAGGAAGCGAGGUUUUCGGAGGGCGGUUUGCCAACGAAGGCGAAUUUCCUUUCGUCGUGUGUAUCUCUGGAGAGUACUUGUGCGGGGGGGCGCUGGUGACUAAGAGCAAGGUGUUGACGGCGGGUCACUGCCUGAAAAUCGUUGACAAAAACGGCCACAUGGUGGACCGCAAUCUGAACCAGACUUACGUCAUAGGAGGUUCCGUCAACCGCAAAGUGAAGAACGCAGGAUACCAGGAAAGGAAGGUGAGACGGAUCUGGGUUCACGAAGGGUUCAGGGCGAGGCCGAACCGCGAAAUCGACUUCCACGACAUCGGCGUGGCUGUACUGGUGAGACCGUUCGAUCUCUCCCUCACGCUCCAAGUGACCAAAAUGGUCUCCAAGGACAAAAGCGAGUUCAAACAGGCCUGGGACUCCAUCGUGAGGAGCAGAAAGACUUGCCUGGGGGUCGGAUGGGGGACUUCGGCACUCAAGUACGACCCGGCCACGGAGACGGACGUCACGACGGCCACCUCGUCCAUUCUAAAAGUCAUGGAACUCAUCCCGGCGAAUAACGAAACUUGCAACGCCAAACUUUACAGCCCUUUCGAGCCUGAUAUCAUGACUCAGUUCGGCGAAGUCUGCCUUUUCUCUGCCAGGGACGGCGAGAGCAUCUGCGGCGGAGAUUCGGGCAGUCCUCUGAUUUGCGACGGCGAGACGUACGGCCUGCUUUCCUAUGGCUUCCAAUGCGGCGAGAGGAACAACGCACAAGUCUAUCUGCUCUAUUGGCAUUACAUAGACUAUUUCCAUCUGAGCGGAGCUCCUCCUUUACACAACAGACUCGCGGGAAACGGUCUUUUAUACUUACUUCUUCCUAUUACUGUAACUAUCACUAACACAUUGCGGAACUGAGAAAACUCGGACUUUUUUUAAAUUAUACGUUUUGCCUGUUGACCUAUCUUGACUUUAA